GGCUGAUCGAUCGGAUAUUAUGCAAACCUGAGUCGCAGUCAUUGCGCACCGCUGCUUAACAUCCAUGGGUGACGCUCACGUGAUGGAGGCUUCACAAGUGAUGCGAGUAACCAGAGCGCUAAACGAGCAUGUUACGCUGAGCACAGCACGUUGGUAUGCCGUUAAAAGCGCACUCAGGUCUUACACACCUGAUUAGAAAAAGUUCAAGGACAAGCGGGUGCAUUAUACAGAUUACAGAUCAUACCAGCCUAUCGUGCGCCAGAAAGUCAUCGAAUUAUCGUGCUCCUACAGUGGUCAUGCAGUUAGAACAAAGGAUCCUUCCCCAGGACAGUUCAGGAAUAGACCCCAUCAUAUCACCUUUGUAUCACCACAAAGGAUGGCUCAGAAAGAUGGGCGGAAAAUUUAAAAGCUGGAAAAAACGCUAUUUUAUCCUUGAAGGUUACCAGCUAUCUUACUUCACUAACCCAGAGGAGCUACGGCUACUCGGAAAAUUGUCGCUCAAAGAAACGCAGGUGGAGGUUCCCCAGUUACAAGACAAUGAUUUCGGCUUGGACCAUAAGGGUUACCUCUUCGUUAUAAAAUCAGUUCGUCCGGAAGAUGUUCUGACUCCAACUCGUUCCAAGCUGGUACUAUCGGCAACUUCACAGGAUGAAAGAAAACAAUGGAUUCGCGCCAUUCGGAGGGUUCUCUAUCUUCGUAAGGGUGGUGGUAAGUUCCAACUAGACUGUAAAAAGUGUUACUUGCAUGUGUAA